AUGGCUCCCGUCCAGGUCACGCACAACAUGAUGAAUGUGCCCGUCGUCUGUGACUAUGGCUCAGGCUUCAGCAAGGUGGGCUUUUCGGGCACAGAAGCUCCCCUGGCCAUGUUCCCCACCAUCCUCGGGAAACUUCGACACGAUAAUCCUUUGGUGGGGAUGGAAGAGGAAGACUGGUUCAUCGGAGACGAGGCUCAGGAAAAGCGAGGGGACCUUAAUCUGCAAUAUCCCAUCUCCCGGGCGACCGUCGCUAACUGGGACAACAUGGAGAAGAUUUGGCAUCACUCCUUCUACCAGGUGCUCCGCAUCGCCCCGGAGCAGCAUCCUCUGAUGGUGACAGAGCCGCCUUUAAACACAAUGCCCAGCAAAGAGAAGAUGUCACAGAUCCUGUUUGAGACCUUCAACGUGCCGGCCCUGUACUUAGCCAACCAGGGAGUCCUUUCUCUAUACGCCUCUGGCCAGACCUCGGGAACAACCAUUGAAUCUGGAGAAGGAAUGACAUACUUUGUGCCCAUCAUUGACGGCUGUGCUUUACAUCAGUCGACCAUCCAGGUGGAUAUAGCAGGCCAAGACCUAACAUUGUACCUCCUGAAACUAUUGACAAACAGUGGGCACUCGUUGGUGAGCACAGGUGAUCGGGAGUACAUCCGGAACAUAAAAGAAAAAUGCUGCUAUGUGGCUCUGGACUUCAACAAGGAGAAAGUGAAAGCUGACUGUCCUUCCUAUGCACAGAAGUAUCAGCUGCCCGAUGGCCAGGAGAUCACCCUUGGGCGGGAGAAGUUCUUCUGCCCUGAAGGGCUUUUUCAGGCAGAUCUCAUAGGGAGACGUGAGCUAGGCAUCCACAUGAAGGCCUUCCAGAGCAUCAGCUCCUGCAAUUCUGCCCUCUGGAAGAUUCUCUUCAGCCACAUCGUAUUGUCUGGAGGAACUGGCUCCUGUUCUGGCUUGUGCUUCCGGUUGCAGAAAGAAAUAUCUGCCCUGGUUUCCCCUACGAUUAACGUGAAGGUGUCCACCUGCCCCUAUUCCACUUACAGUGCCUGGGUGGGCGGCUCCAUCCUGUGCUCACUCUCCACCUUCAAGGACAUGUGGGUCACUAGCAAAGAGUAUAAGGACAUCGGUGCCUCUAUCCACCGCAAGCCCAUGCUGCCCCCCCACCCCGCCCCCCGAGUUGGAACCAGCCUGGCCGAGAGCCCCUCCCGCUGGCUGUGUGGCCGUCUCUACCCCACAUCUCAGCCGCCAGAACAAGCAGCAGGCUUGGACUGA